CAGUACAUACAGGUCGCCGAUCAUCAGUUCGUCGAGCUGCAACUUGCCAUGCACUGGAUGGAUCUGAUGCAGAUUGCUAUAUCGGCGACGAACUGUGCCAACCUAUACGCAAUUGCCCAGACUCGUCACAACCUUGGCGACAGUGAUGAUCACUGGCAGUUCGGCAAUGCUCUGACGACAGAGCAAGUCUGGGAUUGCUUCAUGCUUCUCGCCCUGCUUGACGAUCACCAACAAUGCAAUGAAUCACUCGUUGUUCCUCACGAUGGUGACCAGAAAAAUCGUUUCAUGGGCGCCAUGUAUGCGCGCAACACUUGGAUCGUGCUUCAAGGACAGGACGAGCUCCCUCACACUUGUCUCGGGUGCAUGCGCAUCUUCAAGUCACCAGAU